GCUUCCGUUAAGUGCCCGAGGCUGAGGCGCGCGACCGGUUGCGGUCCCACGUGAAGCUCUAAGCGAGCGUCGCUCGGCGGGGCUGCUCCCCGCUCUUAGCGGAGCGUGCCGGAAGCAGCGGGGAACCGGAAGUGGCCCGCGGAGGCUCGGAAGCUGAUCCCGGAGCCCGGUGUGAGGAGCCUUGGAACGCAGCGACGGCGCCAUGUCCCUGAUCUGCUCUAUCUCCAAUGAAGUACCAGAGCACCCGUGUGUGUCCCCUGUCUCUAAUCACGUCUACGAGCGGCGGCUCAUUGAGAAGUAUAUUGCAGAGAAUGGCACAGAUCCCAUCAACAACCAGCCUCUGUCCGAGGAGCAGCUCAUCGAUAUCAAAGUUGCUCACCCAAUCCGGCCCAAGCCUCCCUCAGCCACCAGCAUCCCCGCCAUUCUGAAAGCCUUGCAGGACGAAUGGGACGCAGUCAUGCUCCACAGCUUCACCCUGCGCCAGCAGCUGCAGACCACCCGCCAAGAGCUGUCCCACGCUCUGUACCAGCACGAUGCCGCCUGCCGUGUCAUCGCCCGUCUCACCAAGGAAGUCACUGCUGCCCGAGAAGCUCUGGCUACCCUGAAACCGCAGGCUGGUCUCAUCGUGCCCCAGGCUGUGCCGAGCUCCCAGCCUAGUGUUGUGGGUGCAGGCGAGCCGAUGGAUUUGGGCGAGCUGGUGGGAAUGACUCCCGAGAUUAUUCAGAAGCUUCAAGACAAGGCCACUGUGCUAACCACAGAGCGGAAGAAGAGAGGGAAGACUGUGCCUGAGGAGCUGGUGAAGCCGGAAGAGCUCAGCAAAUACCGGCAGGUGGCAUCCCACGUGGGGUUGCACAGUGCUAGCAUUCCCGGGAUCCUUGCCCUGGACCUCUGCCCCUCCGACACCAACAAGAUCCUCACUGGUGGGGCAGAUAAAAAUGUCGUCGUCUUCGACAAGAGUUCUGAGCAAAUCCUGGCCACUCUCAAAGGCCAUACCAAGAAAGUCACCAGCGUGGUCUUUCACCCUUCCCAGGAGCUGGUGUUUUCCGCCUCGCCAGAUGCCACUAUCAGGAUUUGGUCUGUUCCGAACGCCUCUUGUGUACAGGUUGUUCGGGCCCAUGAGAGUGCUGUGACAGGCCUCAGCCUCCACGCCACUGGUGACUAUCUCCUGAGCUCCUCUGAUGACCAGUACUGGGCCUUCUCUGACAUCCAGACAGGACGUGUGCUCACCAAGGUGACCGAUGAAACCUCUGGCUGCUCCCUCACCUGUGCGCAGUUCCACCCUGACGGACUCAUUUUCGGGACAGGAACCAUGGACUCUCAGAUCAAGAUUUGGGACUUGAAGGAGCGCACCAACGUGGCCAACUUCCCUGGCCACUCGGGCCCCAUCACCAGCAUCGCCUUCUCCGAGAACGGCUACUACCUGGCUACGGCGGCUGAUGACUCCUCUGUCAAGCUCUGGGAUCUGCGCAAACUUAAGAACUUUAAGACGUUGCAGCUGGAUAACAACUUUGAGGUAAAGUCACUGAUCUUUGACCAGAGUGGAACUUACCUGGCCCUUGGGGGCACGGAUGUCCAGAUCUACAUCUGCAAACAGUGGACGGAGAUUCUUCACUUUACAGCAGGAUGGAAGGACCCCAUGAAGAAAAACCAAUGGCCAACUCAGUGGGAAACUUGAAACAUGAGGAUAUCCACCCCUUGACGUGUGAAAGCUCUUUACAGACAAGGAAACAAACUCAGGAGAAUAGAUAAGAGACACAAAGAGGCAAUUUAUAAGAUAUAAGCGGCUAUAAAGAUGCUUGGCGUCUAAUCAAAGAGGUCCAUGUUAAAUCAGCAAUGCUGUUUACCCAAUGAUGCUCCGAUAGGCAAAGCCGUAGAACGCUACUGACCUGUGGUGGCAAGAGUGUGGGGAACAGGCACCCGUACGUUCCCAGAGCCCUACGGUCAAGAGGGGUGUAGCUUUCAACCCAGCAGUUCUAAGAAUUUCUUCUGAGAAAAUGGUAUACGAAGAAUUACACGCUUACAUAAUUGUAUUCGAAGAUCAGGAAGUUCCCUGGUGGUCUAGUGCGUAGGAUUUGCUGCUUUCACUGCCAUGGCGCAGGUUCAAUGCCUGGUCAGGGAACUAAGAUCCUGCAAGCUAUGUGG